AUGGCGUCGACAGACACGCCAUCAAGGCGUUCCAUGCCCGACAUUGAGCAGCUCGCCAGCAAGCUCUCGGACAAGUCGACAGAUGUCAAGGCAAAGCUCGCAAUUGCAUUCGAUCUCAAAGAAUUGCUCGAUCUCUUCCAGAACUUCGACUAUGCCCUCUUCCUGAAACACGUCGUUCCAGCAUUUGUCUCUCUGCUCGAAUCGGCACCGUGCAGCUUCACGGCAGAGGCCCCAGAGCAGCGUCUUCGCCAUAUUGUCCUCGAGACGACACAUCGUCUGCCUCAACAAGAGAUCCUUAAACCCUACGCCGACCCCCUCAUGACCGCCAUGCUCAAAGUUCUCGGCCAAGAUAACGAAGAGAAUGCCGUUCUUGCACUCAAAGUCAUUAUCGACCUUCACCGCUCUUUCAAAGCCGUAUUACAGGAUCAGGUACAGCCCUUCCUCGAGCUCGUCAAGGAGCUUUACACCAACAUGAAGAACACUGUUGAGCAGGCGUUCGAAUCCGAAGCUUCGCAGCUCCAAGCACCCGCAGCGACCGGUGCUUCCGGCUCCACCACCGCCUCGCCUGCACCAGCCGCUGCAACGACAGCAUCAGCAACAGACGACACAAACGUUGCAACCAUCGCACCGGCUUCAACUACUGCCACCACAGCAUCAACAGAUGCAGUCUCCACCUCUGCCACCACACCAUCAGCCACCACACCAUCAGCCACUACACCAUCAGCCACCAAUGCAUCAGACUCGACCAACACAACCACCACUGCCUCAACAGGUGCAACAUCAUCAUGCACUCCGGGCGCCUCGUCAGCCACUACCUCUUCCGCAGCUGCGCCAGCCUCAAAGACGCUGCCCAAAUCUAUGUCCAGCUUCAAGGUCUUGACAGAGUGCCCUAUCGUUAUAGUCCUCAUCUUUCAGAGCUAUCGCACCGUUGUUGCACAGGCCAUCAAUGUAUUUGUGCCACUCAUCAUCGAGAGCUGUCUCUCGCUACAGGCCAAACCGCAGCGCGAGGCUCAUGAGGCUGCCAAGGCUAAGGCCGAUAUCUUUGUCGGUGUCGCACCAGGCAUCAAGAACAGAUCACUCUACACUGACAUGAUCGUGGCCCAGGUCAAGACCAUGUCCUUCCUCGCUUACGUUUUGCGUGGAUCUGCGCCCGUCAUGCGUCCUUUUGCUCAUGUCCUCCCCGAGAUCAGCGUUCGUCUGCUCACAGACUGUCCGCCCGAAGCAUCGGCAACACGCAAGGAGCUCCUCGUCGCCACAAGACACGUCCUUUCCACCGAGUACCGCGCUCAAUUCGUUGGCCAGAUUGAUACCCUUUUGGACGAGCGCCUCCUCAUCGGCACCGGCGUCACAUCACACGAGACGCAGCGUCCCCUCGCCAUCAGCAUGCUUGCCGAUCUUGUCCACCACGUCCGUCAAGAGCUCUCGCCUGCUCAGCUGGUCCGUGUCGUUCAUAUCCACUCGCAGAUCCUUCACGACCCCACCUUGGCGCCUAGCAUUCAGACCAUGUGUGUCAAGCUGCUCCUCAAUCUUGUCGAGACCAUCCUCACAAAGCAUCCCGAAGGCGCCACGCAGACGCUUGCCUCGAUCCUCGACGUCUUCGUCGAAAAGCUCUCCAGCUUGCAUCGUCUCCGUUCCGAUAUGGACCGCAUCCGACAGAUCAAGGAGCACUCGGACCAUGCAUCAGCAGAAGCCCAGCGUGCUGUCGAUGCCGUCGCCAUCGAACGCGGCAAGCCUAUCCAAGCCGCAGCCACCAUGCUUGACACAGCCGGUGAUCCGCUCAAGGACGCCCGCUUCCUCUUCCGCAACAUUCUCUUCGGCUUCAAGACCCUCAUCCCCGUCCUGCGUCAUCGCAACGCCGCCCAUCCGGAUGGUGCUGUUGCAGGCAAGCUGCUCGUCGAUGGUGUCAAGUGCUGGUCGCUCCACGAGGAUCGUGAUGGCAGGGAGGAAAAAGAAGUGCUCGAUCUCUUCACCACAAUCUUUAUCGAUCUGGAACCGCAAGUCUUCCACGAGGCCUUCACAACACACAUGCCCUUCCUCUUCCAAGAGAUGCUCAACUCGCCCACAUUGCUCGGCAUCCCGCAGAACUUGCUCAGCAACGAUGCAGUCUCCAAGCGCUUUGUUGGCAUCCUCUUGCGCUUCCUCGUUGAUCGUCUUGAGGAGCUUGGCAAAUCCGACAAGAAGCAUGCAUCCAUCAGCCUUCGUCUCUUCAAGAUGGCCUUCAUGGCCGUCACCAUCUUCCCCGAAGAGAACGAGGUGGUCCUGCAGCCUCACCUCAGCCACCUUAUUAUGGAGUCCAUGAAGCUUGCCAGCAAGGCCGAUGAGCCGACCAACUAUUUCUUGCUCCUACGUGCCCUCUUCCGCAGUAUCGGCGGUGGUCGUUUCGAGCUUCUCUACAAGGACGUGCUUCCCCUUCUUCCGGUCCUGCUCGAGAACCUUAAUGCGUUACUCAACGCUGCCGAGCCAAGCAGACGCGAGGUCUUUGUCGACCUCUGCUUGACGGUGCCAGUCCGACUUAGUGUCCUGCUGCCAUACCUAGGCUACCUGAUGAAGCCGCUAGUUCUGGCGCUCCAAUCAUCCACCGAGCUCGUCAGCCAGGGUCUCCGUACACUCGAGCUUUGCAUCGACAACUUGACGCAAGAGUUCCUCGAUCCUAUCAUGGCUCCGUACGCACAAGAUAUCAUGUCGGCCCUGUGGCAGCACCUGCAGCCCCUCCCUCACAACCACCAGCACUCGCACACAACCAUGCGCAUCCUCGGUAAGAUGGGCGGACGUAACCGCAAACUGCUGCAGAACCCACCAAGACUGUCGUACACCUCGCACAAGGGUCCCACCUUCCCUGUCCACUUCGAAGGCAAAUCGCAAUCAAUCACACUCACGCCUGUCACAGAGCUGGCGUUGGCAAACAUCCGACGCACCGAUCCUUACUAUCGCAAGCACGCAUUCGAGCUAUUGCGGCACACGGCUGCUCUCUUCCUUGAUGGCUCCCUCAUGGAUGCCGAUCGCGAGACGGUCUUUGGCAAGCUCAUCAAAGGUCUCUUUGACGCCACGCGCUCCGACGACUUGAAAGAUGAGGCAGUCCAGUACCUGUUUGGCAUCUGCAAGCACGUCUUCCAUGCUGAGAUCAAGCGCGAGAUGCCUUCCUCGUCAGGUGGAUCUAGUCGUCACUUAUGGCCCAUGACCACUUCCUUGCUCGAAGGCCUCACUAACGCUUUGGCGCUGAAUGAAGCCGGCAACGAUCCUGCGCCGCUCAUCGAGUUGCAGCUCCAGAUCAUCCGCGACUUUCUCACUGCAUGUGAGAAGGCACCUGCUACACGACCAGACCUCGGCCACAUCGUCAUGCACUCGUUCGCCAGCAAGUUCUGCUCUCAAUGCUACGAACAGCUGUGGCAGCGAAAGACGGGUGGCUGGCUCGGUGUUGAUACGCUUGUGCGUCGUGCAGACCUGGGUCAGAUCUGGGUUCGCGACCAUCAACUCGAGAUCGUGCGUGCCCUCCUCUUCAUGCUCAAGGACAUGCCCAACGACCCACCCGGCAACAUUGACGAGGUCAGCGAGACACUGCUCCAGGUCAUUCGACAGGCCUACACGGUUAAAGCACCUGCUGCUGACGGCAAGCCCGAGCCUCCUCUCCCCGAGAGACCAAGCCACCUUACCUACCUUAUUGGUAUCUUGGUGCCAGAGCUCUCAAGCUCGAACGCGACCGUCCGCACCACGACGCAGACAGCGUUCAAGCUCCUAGCAGAAUUGCGCAAGUGCAGCGUCACAGAGCUGUUGACGCCGCAGAAGGAUCGUCUGCUCCAGCCCAUCUUCACCAAGCCUCUGCGUGCAUUGCCUUUCGGCAUGCAGAUCGGCCACAUUGAUGCCAUCACCUUCGCGCUCAACUUAACACCACCUCUGCCCGAGUUCAACGAGGAGCUGUACCGUGUCUUGACCGAAGCCUUGGCCCUCGCUGAUGCCGAUGAUCAGGCUUUGAUCGGACGCACGUCUCAGUACAAGAACAUGAUCGCUGUCAUCAAGCUGCGUGUGGUGGCUAUUCGAUUGCUGUCGUCCGCAAUGGCCUGCGGUGACUUCCUUUCCGCCAAGCACACGCAGAUGCGCAUGAAGAUCAUCUCGGUCUACUUCAAGAGCUUGUACUCGCGCAGCGAAGAGGUGGUCCAGGUGGCCUACGAGUCGUUGAAAACCGUGUUGAGCCAACAGAGCAAGCUGCCCAAGGACUUGCUGCAGAGCGGUCUACGACCCAUCCUCAUGACCCUUGCCGACCGCCACCGUCUCACUGCGUCCGGUCUCGAAGGUCUUGCAAGGUUGCUGCAGCUGCUUACCAACUACUUCAAGGUCGAAAUCGGCACCAAGUUGCUUGACCACCUCACCAGUCUUGCCGAGCCUGCUGUCCUGCACCGCGCAGCUGCUGGCUCGCUCCGUGACAACGAGCAGAUCAAGACGCUGGUAGCCAUCGUCAAUGUAUUUCGAUUGCUACCCGAAGCGUCGUUCCAGUUCCUUCCGCGUCUCACCACCACCGUCGCCGAGAUCGAGUCACAGCUGCGACGCGCCGGUCCUACACCCUUCACCAAGCCGCUGACGCUCUUCCUGAACCGCUUUGCGGAGAAGGCCGUCACUUAUUUCUUCGAAGGCGACAAGCUUAGCAACCCCAAGUUCUUACGCGUGGUCAAGCUCUCACUAGCAUCGGACGAUGGACCCGAACUUCGCAGUCAGGUCACUGCUGGACGCGAGAAGCUGCUCUUCCCGCUCUUCACCAACGAAGCAACAGCUGCACAGGUACAGGCCGGUGUCUCGAUCGUCCAGCAACUGGUCGAGCGCGACCCCAAAUGGCUGGUGACGAACAAAGAUAUUUUCGAGAAGCUUAUCGCCCUCUGGAACAGCCCUGCCAGCAGCAAGCGCAGGCGCGAGGAAGCAAACAACGGCGCCAAUAACGCCGUUGCAGCUCCAGCCACUCCUGCUGGCACCGCUACAACUCCUGCCGUCACACGCAGCAUCAGCGAGACCAAGCAGCUCAUCGAGCUUUUCCUCUCGUACCUUCGCCUCGAACCGCACGUUGAGGCCUACAUUGCUCUUCUUGACGCCUACACGUACAAGAUUGCAUUUGACCUCACCUUUGCGACUCGCUUCAUCUACGAGCACCUCUGCAUCAAGGCGUCCAACAAGUUCAAGAAGCAGAUGUUCUCGCGUUUCCUUACGCUCUUCGAGGACAAGGAUACCAGUCAGACGCUUAAGACGCAGGCACUUCGCGUCCUCAUCAACCCGAUGCUGCUUGCUUCCUAUGGACCUCAUCCGGCCAGCACGCCAGCUUCUUCGCCAAAGCCCGCCGCAGCCACGGUUGCUGACAAGCCUGCCGCCAGCAGCACGCCGACUGCAAGCGCUGCUUCCACGAUGACUGCGGCUGUUCAGAAAGAUGGCGAUGUGGAGAUGAAGGAUGCCGCCAGUGAUGACAGGAAGACCGAGGCCGCUGCUAGUGAAGCUUCCACCAAGCCGACGGCAGCAUCUGAGAGUGCCAGCGCCGCUGCUGCUGCUCCGACGACAGUCUCUUCGACCGAUGCAUCGAAGGAGAGUGAGACUAAGGACUCUUCCGCACCUGCGCCCGCACCCGCCGCACAGCCGGCCGAAGCCGAUGAUGUCGAGGUCAUUGACGCAGACCUUGUUACGCAGAUCGUCAAUCGCAUGUGGAAGCCGUUCCAGAACCCCAAGCAGGCCAACGAGCUUUGCUCGGACGACGCACUCCGCAUCGAGCUACUCCACAUGUCGACCAUGAUUCUGGAGCACUGCUCCGACCACCUCGCUCCCAACGGCCAGCUGAAGAAGGACACGAUCAAGUUCGGCUGGGCUAACCUCACAGCCGAGGACGUCACGGUCAAGAAUGUCGCUUACAUCUUCAUCGCCCGCUUCCUCGAAGUCUUUGAGAGUCCUAUCAAGAUCGUCGGCCAAGUCUACUUCGGCUUGCUCCGUGCUCAUCAGUCCGAGGGCCGAAGCAUGGUCAAGAAGGCGCUCGACAUUCUGGUUCCAGCACUGCCCAAGCGUGCCGGUGUUAGCGAGAACGGUCAGCCGCCACAGUGGGCCAAGUGGACCAAGCGACAGCUCGUCGAUGAGGGCCACAACGUCAGCCAGCUUUUCGCCAUCCUUACUUUGCUCGUGCGUCAUGCCGAUCUUUUCUACAGCAGCCGUGAGAUGUUUAUCCCUCACAUCGUUAGCAACCUUACCAAGCUCGGUCUCGUUGCCAACGUCAAUGUCGAGUCGAGGAUGCUGGCCGUCGACCUUGUCGAAUUGCUACACAAGUGGGAGAAGCGUCGUCAAGAGCAUGUUCAAUCCCAGCAGCCUUUGACCGAGGAGGCCAACACUGACAGCAAGAUUGAAGGGGAGGGCGCUCCCGCCGCCAGCACUGCCAAGCGUGGUCUCGACGCACCUGAAGAAGCCGCGACGGUCAAGAAGGUCCGCAUCGACGAGUCGGGCAUCUCAGCAUCACCAGCUGCAUCAAAGAGCUCCUCGCAUGCUGCGCCCGCGGCUGCCACCACCACUGCGACGCCGUCCACUGCCGCUGCCACCGUCGACGCUGCUUUGUCGACUGCCGAUCACGAGUACCUCAUGCCCAUGAACUUGCGCGAGAUGACAGUUGGCUUCCUCGUGCGCUUCGUCUCGCUCUCGAUGGAGCCCAUCUCGAAGGCAGGCAUCGUCUCCAAGGCAGCCAACCUGCUCUCUGAGAUCCUCAAGGCUCCUUACUGGUCCGACGUUCAGGUGCGACUCUCAAUUUUCCAGCGUCCUCUCAUUCACACUGAGAUCAACGAGCAGAACACGCCUGUCAUCUGCAACGCCUUGCGCGCGCUUCAGAUCGUUGUUGAGGACAAGACCGACGCCUACAUUGCUCCUCACGUACCCCAGCUGCAGAAGCUGCUCGAAAAGAGUGCCGCUACCGACGAGGUCUCGCUCGUUGAAGCACAGAAGCCUGUGCUUGAGCGCAUAUUCCGCGUUAUCCCUGAUCCACCGCCCGAGGAGGAUGCUGAUGGCGAAGCGGAGAUGGACACUGGCGACGACAAGAAGUCCGAGGAGGAGGACGCUUCUGCCAGGAAGGACGUCAAAGACGCCGAGGCCACCGACGAGUUGGCCGCAUUCCGCAAGUUUGCCGACAGCCUCAUCGCCGACGGUCUCAAGCAGAGCCAGCAUCUGUACAGCGUAUUCAGCAUGCUCGAUGCUUGGAGUCAGAGCAAGCCUGAGAAGAUCGAUGCACACCUUCCCGCCCUCAGCAAAGCCCUGAGCAAGUUGACCAAGGAACAUCUCGCUGCCACUGCACCUGAGCCAGCCAACGACUCCAACCUCAAGUUGCUUAUGCUUGUUCUUGAGCUGCUCAAGCGUCGGAUCUCGAACCUUGGUGAUCAGCGACGCUGGCUGCUUUCAGCUCUCGUCCAGCUGGUCGAGCGUUCUUCCUCGCUUGAGCUUUGCCGUUUCUUGCUGUCGAGCAUGUCCAAGUGGAUCUUGGAGCAGCGCGAGACGUUCCCAACCGUCAAGGAGAAGGCAGGUAUCUUGCUCAAGAUGAUGUCGUUCGAGUCCCGCGACAACGAUCAGUUGCUUCGCGAUUACCUUGAUCUCAUCCACGCCAUCUACACAACGCCCGCCUUUGCCCGAACUGAGUUGACGGUGCGACUCGAGAACGCCUUCUUGCUUGGAUGUCGUCACAAGGAUGCCCAAGUGCGACAGAAGUUCAUUGACAUCUUUGACCGCACACUCGUUCGCAGCGCUGCAGGCCGUCUGCAGUACUUGCUUGGACAUCAGAGCUGGGAGUACCUCGCAGAACACUACUGGAUCAGUCAAGUGCUUGACCUCAUGCUUGGUUCUGUCGACACCCACUUCCCUCUGCUGACGAACAGCUCAAUUCAGCUCGCCAAGGGUGGAAGCAGCUUCGUACCAACGCUCAAGGCUCUUCAGGUCGGCGACAUGAUUUCGUCGAUCCGUGCGCUUCUGUACACGGACCGCGAUCUUGCUCACCAGAUCUUCGUAUCCUUCUUUGCAGCUGCUUGGCGCUCGAUGACCCGCAAGGACCACGACGACAUCACACGCGCACUCAUUGGCGUGCUAACUCGCGAGUACAACCUGCGACAGGUGAGCAAGCGACCCAAUGUUGUUCAGACUCUGCUUGAAGGUGCGCUUGCCUGCAAGCCGCAGCUCGAGUUGCCUCCUCACGUUGUCAAGUACUUGGGCCGUAACUUCAAUGCUUGGCACACCUCGAUCGAAUUAUUGCAAAACCUGCUCCGCUCUCUUCCCCGCCAAGACGAUGCGAUUCGCGAAGCAGGCCAGGAUGCCCUCACCGAGCUCUACGCCGAGCUAUCGGAGGAAGACAUGUUUUACGGCCUCUGGCGCCGACGAUGCGUCUACGCCGAGACCAACAGUGCCAUCUCCUUCGAGCAGAUUGGCAUGUGGAACCAGGCUCAGGUGCAGUACGAGACGGCUCAGAUUAAGGCGCGCUCCGGUGUGCUCAACUUCACCGAAGCCGAGUACCACCUGUGGGAGGAUCAAUGGGUGUUCUGCGCUCAAAAGCUGCAGCAGUGGGAUAUCCUCACCGACCUUGCCAAGAUGGAGGGCGACAACGACUUGUUGCUCGAGUGCGCUUGGAGGCUGUAUGACUGGACUGCAGAGCGGGAGACAUUGGAGCAGGCACUCGAGAGUCUAUCGAGCAGUGCAACUCCACGACGGCGUGUGUUCGAGGCCUAUAUGGCUUUGCUCAAGUCGCAGUCAGGGCAAGACAAGCCUGCCGAGUUCGGCCGCAUCUGCGACGAGGCGAUCCAGCUCACGCUCAAGAAGUGGCAUUCGUUGCCCACAGCUGUCACUGUCGCACACGUGCCGCUGCUCCAGAUCUUCCAGCAGUUUGUCGAGUUGCAAGAGGCCAGCACCAUCUUCGCCAGUCUCGCCAACACCAACGCUACGAACCUUGAUCAGCGCUCUGCUGAGCUAAAGGCUCAGAUGCAGACUUGGCGCGAACGUCUCCCCAACUUGUGGGACGAUAUCAAUGCCUGGUCCGACCUGGUCGCUUGGAGGCAGCACGUGUUUGGCGCCAUCAACAAAGCAUAUUUGCCGCUCGUCCCCGUCAUUCAGCAGCGCGAUGGACAGAACGCAUCCACCAACUCAUACGCCUACCGUGGCUACCACGAAACAGCCUGGAUCAUCAACCGUUUCGCCCACGUCGCACGCAAGCACUACCUCAACGACGUCUGCAUCUCGUCGCUCACCAAGAUCUACACCUUGCCCAAUAUUGAGAUCCAGGAAGCGUUCCUCAAGCUGCGCGAACAGGCCAAAUGCCACUUCCAGAACCCGAACGAGCUCACCCAGGGUUUGGAUGUGAUCAAUAACACCAACUUGAUGUUCUUCGCAGCUCCGCAGAAGGCUGAGUUCUUUACGCUCAAAGGUAUGUUCAUGUCUCGUCUUGGGCUCAAUGACGAGGCGAACCAUGCGUUUGCUACGGCGAUUCAAAUGGAUCUCAACUUGGCCAAGGCGUGGACAGAGUGGGGCCGAUACAAUGACCGACUGUUCCGUGACAGGCCCAACGAGUUGUCGGCUGCUGGUAAUGCAGUCAGCUGCUACUUGCAAGCGGCGGGUCUGUACAAGAAUGCCAAGGUGCGCAAGGUGCUCAUUCGCGUGCUUUGGUUGUUGUCGUACGAUGACAGCAAGGGAACCGUUUGGUCGGCGUUUGAAGGAUUCAAAGGCGAUGCACCUAUUUGGUACUGGAUCACUUUCAUCCCGCAGCUGUUGCAGAGUCUUAGUCACAAAGAGGCUCGAUUUGCACGAAAGAUCCUCAUGUCGAUCGCAAAGACCUUCCCGCAGUCGUUGUACUUCUACUUGCGUACGACCAAGGAGGAUUUUGUGGCGAUGAAGAGGCAGUCGAUCAUGGCUGCGCAGCGUGCAGCUCAGCAGGCGGCUCGUCAGCAACAGGCUGCGGCCGCUACCAAUGGCAAGGCCGCAACUGCUGGCGCCGCAGAUGCAAGCAAGCCUGCUGGAACGGAAGCACAGGCUACAGGCAGUCCUGCAAAGGCAGACAGUGCUACUCCCGCACCUGGAGGUACUUCAGCUGCUGGCUCGGAAGCCAACAAGAUGUCUGCACCCACUUCGGCUACUCCAGCCGCUGCGCCAGGAGCACCCGCAGCACCAGGAGCGGCUGCCGCCACCGCUGCAGCAGCCAACAUGCCCCGACAGCCAUGGGAGUACGUCGAUGAGAUCCUCAACAUCCUCAAGACCGCCUUCCCUCUGCUCACGCUCACGAUGGAAAACAUCGCCGAGCAGAUUCAGCAGCGUUUCAAGCCCACCAACGAGGAAGACAUCUAUCGUCUCACCAACGCCCUCCUCAACGACGCUCUUCAGCAGUACAUCCAGCGUGCCGUCUCACCUAACGACUCUGGUGUCCUCCCAGCCUCUUCUCAAGCCAACGUCAUUCGUUUCGCCGAGAACCUGCCACCUGGUCCACUUAAGACCUCGUUCGAGGAAGACUUUGUCAAAUCCAAACCCACCCUUCGCGAUUACGUCUCUAAGCUUCAACGCUGGCGAGACCGAUACGAAACCAGCUUGGACCGCAGACCCAGCAAGCAGCAUCUCGAGCAUUGUUCGCACUACCUGGUUGAGUUCCAGCAUCAGAAGUUUGACGAGGUCGAAGUACCUGGUCAGUAUCUCAAGUUGGAGGAUAACAAUUCGGACUUUGUGAAGAUCGCUAGGUUUAUGCCAGUGUUCGAGAUGGUCAGAUCGUCCGGUAUGUGUACUAGGAGGCUGACGAUUUUGAGUAACAAGGGUACUACGCAUUCAUUUGCAGUGCAGUUGCCUAGUGGAAGGUACUGUAGGAGGGAAGAGAGGAUUUUCCAGUUGCUCAGGUUCUUCAAUAGGAUCUUGGAGAGGAGGAAGGAGACGAGGAAGAGAGGGUUGGCUUUCCAUGUUCCGUUGGCCUUGCCGUUGGCUCCGCAGGUGAGGUUGAUUGACCAUGAUUCGAGUUUCGUCAGCCUACAGGAUAUCUAUGAGAGGCAUUGUGAGGAGAUUGGAAUUGGAAAGGACGAUCCGGUAAUUGCUUGGGUUGAGAAGAUGAGGAGUACUUGGGAUGGCGGUAACUUGGGACCGAAUGCUGGAGCGAGCGCACCGACAAGAGGCAACGUCGACUUCACCAACCUCCGCAUGGACCUUAUGGAAGAGAUCUCGACCAAGUACGUCCCCGACACGGUCUUAUCUCGCUACCUCACCCGAUCCAUGCCUUCUGCAUCGGAUCUAUACAUGCUUCGCAAGCAGUUCACACUGCAAACCGCGGCGUCAUCCUUCGUCACCUACUGUCUCUUUGUCUCGAACCGUCUUCCGAACCGGAUCCACAUCAGUCGCUCCUCUGGUCAAGUGGCAAUGUCGGACGUCGUUCCCACGUUCAACCCCACCGCACCCCAAUUCAAGUCGACAGACCCAACACCUUUCCGUCUGAGUCCCAACCUUCAAAACUUCAUCGGACCGGUUGGCAUCGAAGGCGUACUCACAUCUGCACUCAUGGCUCUCGGUCGCACACUCACCGAACCUGAACGAAACCUGGAAGAAUACCUCGGGAUAUUUGUUCGUGACGAGAUGAACUUCUGGUUGCAAGGAGCGCAGAGACAGGCUCAAGCACAGGCGCAAGCUCAAGGUGGAUCUGCGGCUGCACCGACGCUCGUCACGGAGGCGCCAAAAGAAGUCGUUCUGACGAAUGUGCUGGAGAUCGUAAAGAGGGCAAAAUUAAUCAGCUGUAGACAUGAACUUGACAAGUUGCAGACCGGAGCCAACGGUACUACGCCCGUAGGUGUGGUGGCGACAACGCCAGUAAGCUCGGUUGUGUUGGAUCUGAUUAAUUCGGCUAGCAACCCGUCCAAGUUGGCGUUGCAGGAUCCUACGUGGGCUCCAUGGUUGUAG